GUAAAAAAAAAAAAAAAAAAACUAGAGCAUCUUGUUCGUCGUCUUCAUCGUGCUGUGCAGUCGCUGGAAACGCGAUUCAAACGCGUAGAGAAGGUAAAGCCAGCAGUUGAAGAUGGCGACUUCUGGUAAUUCCAAUGACGAUCACUCUAGUUACCGCCAUGAUCCGCGACCUUUCUGAAGAAGAAGAAGAUCGCAUUAACAAACGAAAUCUACUUCUCUUCUCUUCUCUUACAGCUAAAAGGAUGAAACAACUCAUUUGAAUCAGUUUCCAGUUAUCACUACUAUCUAGGUUUCGUCUAACCGUGCUGGAGUGUAAGUAAAGGGGACAGAUCUGGAGUUAUAUGAUGGAAAACAACUUCUCAUUGAAAACAUACAUGUCUGUAAUGGCGGAGAGGGAUGCUGCGAUUCGAGAAAAAAACGUGGCAAUGGAGGAAAGAAGGCAGGCACUUGCAGAAAGAGACUUGGCAAUGACUCAAAGAGAUUCAGCUCUUGCAGAGAGGAAUACGGCCCUAGAGGAAAGAGAUAAGGCCCUUAAUGCUCUCGAUUUUUGCGAAAGCCCGAGAAACGAGUACAAUCUUAACCCGGAUUCACAAGAAGCUGGAGUCGGAGUUAGCCAAGAAUUAGAGUACAUGUAUAAUGAAGAUUUGGCUGAAGCCCACAAGACAAAGACUAGAAAGGGUGGUGGUGGUGGUAAGCAAAGGAAAGAAAAAGGGGCUGGGGCUGGGGCAGGGGCAGGGGCAGGAUUGAAGAAGAAAGGAAGGAAAAGAGGGUGUGAAGAAAUGACAAAUCAGGUAAAUACUACUGAAUCCACUGCAUCGGAUAUCUGGGAUAGCGUAGACUUUGGAGACGAGGAUGGGGAUGAACUAGAACAACAUUUUGCUGCUUGGAAUCAGAAUAGUAUGGGACUGAAGGAGGAAGAAGAAGGAAUCAGUUACGAUGAUCACGACGAGUCAGCAUUGCCUCCGGUGCCACCUAUCUGCUCGUGUAGCGGUGUAAGUCAGCCUUGCUACAAAUUAGGAAAUGGCGGUUGGCAAUCAGCCUGCUGUACUACUAACAACAACAUGCCAAUGUACCACCUUCAGCAUUUGCACCAAUCGAACAACAACAAGCGUUCUGGAGUAGUAGUUGGAAGGAAGAUAAGUGGAAGCGCGUUAUCAAAAUUGAUCACCAGACUUGUAGCAGAAGAACUACACGACCCCUCGAUGCCACUAGAUCUCAAGGACCAUUGGGACCAACACGAAACCAUUCCCUAGUAGUUUUCCACAACAAGAUUAUUGGCCCCCAUUUCUAUUCUGGUUGGUCUGGUAACAAAAUUUAAUUUAGAACCCCUACAAUUAUUAUUUAUGUUAUCUGGUUUCUGUAGUAGAUUUGCUUUGAGAAUUCAUGUCAUUUCAUUUUUACCCUACUAAAAUUAUUACUACUCUGUCGGUGGAU